AUAGAGAGUUCCGAUCGUAUGCAAUAAAAUAAACGAGCAGACUCUUGAUCUGCUUGUUCUCCAGCCUCAGCCAGGCUGCUGCCCGCUCUCUCAUGAGCUUCCUAUGGCUUUAAUCAGCGGAACAGAUUUAGGUGAAGAGGUGUGAUAAUCACAGGCAGCUCCAGUCAGAUAUGGCAGUGAGCACAUCAGAGCCGCUCUGCCAGCCCUGCGUUUACCACGAGGCUUUCAAAGUGGAGCUACAGGUGAAGAGACCUCUGAUGCCUGUCCAGCUGGGUCCAGAGCAGGUGGGCCUGGAGAUGCUUUGUCUGUGUGGCCAACUGGACCUCCUCAUCAGGGCACAGAUGCAGCAGUUUCAGGAGCAGCUGGGACAAGGCUGCAGCCCAGAGGAGUCAGACACUUUCCAGGCUCAAGGAUCCGAGAUCCUUGACCAGAUGCUGCAGUGCCUUGAACAUCUACCAAAGCCUAUGCCACAGCUGGAGGACUACCUGGACAUGGUGGGUCUGUCUGCAAUGUUUCCUCGUGUAGAAGUGUUCCUCAUUCAGGGCAGCCCCGUGGAAAUGUUGGAGAGGCCGCCAAUGGACGAAUACUUCUUCCACAUUGCCAAACUGAACCAGCUCCUGGUGCUGAGUCAGCAGCUAGAAGAAGACAUCAGGCACCUUGGAAGUCAUAAAUACAUUGCCCACCAGCUGUCAGUUAUAUAUCAAGUCAUCAGCUCUUUCAGGGGAAUUCAGGUCUUCUCUGAAAUAAAGAAAGAUAUCGAGGCCAACUUCAAACAGAUGAAACAGUCUCUCGUGGUAGACGAAGGCUCCAGGCAUGAACCUCAGCUGGCUGCUCACUACAUUAACUGGAUAUUAGAAAUAACUCAAAGCUUAACAUCGGUGGUGUUGUCACUGCCGGAGGAGCUGACAGAAGACGUUCACCAGGCUGUGACCUUUGUGUCCCAGUUCCUGUCCUGACUUGCCCUGACGAACACCUCUGUAUCUCUGAACCCUGACCUUCUGAUGCAGCAGGUUCCUCCAGGAGUCUCCUGCUUCGAAAUGAACUGAUGUUGUUAAGACUGUGAAAAGGUGCUACACAAGUUGAUUCAACUGAUUGACGGCAGGAUCGGAAAGCCUACUUCAUUUACAAAUCAUCUAGGUUUUUAUAUUGCCCUUCUGAAUGUGGCCCAUAUU